AAACUCCUCCUUAUCUCAAAGUGGGCGUUUAACAUCUCAAAUUCCCUGAUGCCAUUACUACAACGAGUAAAAAGCAGUUUGCUACUAAACAUGGCUUCGUACACAUACAUUUUUGUACUAGCCACAGUUAUUAACAUUAGUUAUUGCCAAAACUGUGCCAUGGAGUCCUUGUGGCCAUCAGAAAUUCCCGUCGAAGCGAGACUGAAAACAAAAUUACUUGAUUGUUACGAUUUUAGUGAAUCGCCAAAUAGUAAUACAACGAACCGUGUGGAAGUAGAAGUGGCUUACAUUAUACAGAUGUUACAAUUUGAUGUUCAUGAAGAAGUACUUACUAUCUACAGCUGGAACAUCUUUCAAUGGGACGACGCUCGAUUGAAGUGGGAUCCAGACGAUAAUAAAGGUAUUAAGAGUACAGUUCUAAAUUUUUAUGAAAUCUGGACUCCAGAAUUAAAAAUCAAAAACUAUGAGAUUUCAGAACCCGACAGUUUAAUACAUAUCUAUGAUUGCUUAGUGAAUAAUACUGGACGUGUGAAAUGUAUACAAGCUAAUGUACAUAAUGUCAUGUGCAGUAAUGCAAUGAGAGAUUGGCCGUUCGACAGAAAACAUUGCGUUUUAAAGAUAGAUGAUGGCUCAUGGACGCAGAGCGAAGCAAACAUUGUGUUUACAAAACUUAGGUUUUUGUCUUUUGAAGGUGCGUACACUGCCUGGAGACUGGUAUAUUCACAAGAACACUUAAAUUUAACUGGAGAAUAUCAAGCUUCUAUAGAAUUUGGCUUAGAAAGAGUAGCAGAAGGGCUGGAAGCAGCUAUAAUAGUCCCAGCUUUUGUGAUGUCUGUGCUGACAAUCAUAACAUUUCUUAUGGAUGUGAAGGGAAACAUGCGCUUAGGGAUUUUGUGUGGCAGUUUGUACAGCCAUUAUUUAUUUAUAGCUCAAGUCAACCAAUGUAUCCCGAAGCAGAGCAUCGAUACUCCUAAAAUUUUACUUUUUAUUAUAGGUUCUAUGACAUUGACUUUGAUUUUUACUGUGUUAGCAUUGAUUUUGAAAUAUUUUUGCUCGCGUAAAUUUUCUCCACCUGUUUUAAUUACUUCAUUUAAUUCGUUUGUUCUUAAUAGUUACGGUGAGUACUUGGUGUUCCCAAGGUGGAGUGGUACCAAUACUAACAAAACUGUCUUGGACUCAUUAAGUCAACAAACUGAAUGGUUUGAUUUUCUAAUAUUAUUAACAGCGUUGCUUUCAUUGUUUGUGUUAUAAUUUAUAUUAUUAUGUAUUCAAUUUACUUGCCUCAUGAUGAUUAUACGAGUACGCCUAGAAUUGAUUAAGUAG